ACACGCGCGCACAAACACCCACACACACUCUCUCUCUCUCUCUCCUAGAGCCCAUCGAGUGGAGGGGUCUAUAUAUAGUACUGUACUUGUUCUGUAAUUUAUCUCAGGAACCCACUCCAUUAAGAAGUCUAGCAGCAGCCUUUCGUUGUAAAACCCCGCCCUUUACCUGCAAUAAUACUUCCCGACCCAAUCCCCACCACACAAUCCCUCUUCAAUUCACACAUAGUUUGUCAAAUUUGGGUUUUCUUUUUGGGAUUUGGAUUUUGUCAAACAAGAGUUUAUUUGAAGAAGUUUUCGGCCGUACAAAAGAGUUUUAAGUAAUAGGUUGAUUUCGGAUUGUUUGUUUUAUUCAGGAUUUUGGAGGGCGACUAACGGGGAAUCUGCUAUAUAGAUAUGUUUGAAGGUGGUGGAAUCCAUUUUCUGGUGAGCCUUUUGAUUCCACUGGUGGCUUUUAUUUUUGGGUUGAGAAUGGAAUCAUCUGAAUUAUCUAAAAAAAGCUGUUAACUUUUGUAUGGUUUCAAUGCGAUUUUUACUUUGGUCAUGAUUCCUGGGUCCAUUGGAUUCUGGCUGAUAAUAAAUAAGCUUAAUUUGAUAUGGGAUUUUUAAUCGGAUUAUGGAUUAUGUUGGGAAAGUCUCAGGAUUUGUCCGGGUAGUACGAAAGAUUAACAGAUUCCAUGCAAAGCUUUAAACUUUUGUGAUUUGGAAAUCUUACGUUUGCAUGGGUUGAAGAAGAAGAAGAAGAAGAAAGAAGAAGGAGAAGGAGAAGAAGAAGACAGAGGACAAGGGUGUUUGAGAAAAUGUCAUCCAAGUCGACAAACAAGACUAACUGUUCUAGGAGUAGUUCUGCUAAAUCAAAACAAAAUGCUCGUAUGGUUGCACAGACCCCAAUUGAUGCCAAGCUACAUGUGGACUUUGAAGAAUCCAAGAGGCUUUUUGAUUACUCCGCGUCUAUUGACGUCAACAUUUCUAGUUCAACCAGUAAUGUUCCCUCUUCUACUGUGUCAGCUUACCUUCAAAAGAUGCAAAGAGGAAGUCUAAUUCAGUCUUUUGGUUGCUUGAUUGCCGUUGAUGAGCAAAACUUCACGGUUCUUGCUUAUAGCGAUAAUGCUCCAGAAAUGUUGGACUUGGCACCUCAUGCUGUUCCAAGCAUAGAGCAACAAGAGUCUCUGACUUUUGGAACUGAUGUGAGAACAAUUUUUCGCUCUCCAGGUGCGUCAGCCUUGCAGAAAGCUGCUAAUUUUGGGGAAGUUAAUCUUCUGAAUCCGAUAUUGGUUCAUUGUAAAAUGUCAGGUAAGCCCUUUUAUGCUAUUUUGCAUAGGAUUGAUGCAGGGUUAGUUAUAGAUCUUGAACCAGUGAACCCAGCUGAUGUGCCUGUAACCGCUGCUGGGGCAUUGAAGUCCUAUAAGCUGGCAGCCAAAGCCAUCUCAAGAUUGCAGUCCUUGCCAAGUGGGAACAUAUCUCUGUUAUGUGAUGUUUUAGUUAAGGAGGUUAGUGAUUUGACUGGUUAUGAUAGGGUUAUGGUUUAUAAAUUUCAUGAAGAUGAACAUGGAGAAGUUGUUGCUGAAAGCCGUAGUCCUAACUUGGAACCUUAUCUGGGCUUGCAUUACCCAGCUACUGACAUACCACAAGCCUCAAGAUUCCUUUUCAUGAGAAACAAAGUUAGAAUGAUAUGUGAUUGUUUUUCCCAACCAGUUAAGGUGAUUCAAGAUAAGAGAUUGGCUCAACCUUUAAGUCUUUGUGGAUCCACGUUGAGAUCUCCUCAUGGGUGUCAUGUACAGUAUAUGGCAAAUAUGGGAUCCAUUGCGUCUCUUGUGAUGUCAAUAACUAUCCAUGAGGAUGAUGAUGAGAUGAACAGUGAACAGGAGAAAGGAAGAAAAUUAUGGGGCUUAGUGGUUUGCCAUCACACUAGCCCCAGGUUUGUUCCAUUUCCGCUGAGAUAUGCUUGUGAGUUUCUAAUUCAAGUAUUUGGAGUGCAAAUUAACAAGGAAGUGGAGUUAGCUGCCCAAUUGAGGGAGAAGCAUAUUCUGCGAACUCAGACUGUGCUUUGCGACAUGCUGCUGAGAGAUUCUCCAGUCGGAAUUGUUACUCAAUCUCCAAAUGUCAUGGAUCUUGUUAAGUGUGAUGGUGCUGCACUUUACUACAGACAAAAAUUAUGGUUGCUUGGAGUUACCCCUACAGAGGCACAGAUUAGAGAUAUAGCUGAGUGGCUUCUUGAGUACCAUAGUGGCAGUACAGGCUUAAGUACUGAUAGCCUAAUGGAAGCUGGCUAUCCAGGUGCUUCAGUUCUUGGGGAGGCAGCUUGUGGGAUAGCUGCAAUUAGGAUAACUGCAAAAGAUUUCUUGUUUUGGUUUCGGUCCCAUACAGCUAAAGAAAUUAAGUGGGGUGGUGCAAAGCAUGAUCCUGGUGAGAAGGAUGAUGGAAGAAAGAUGCAUCCAAGAUCUUCAUUCAAGGCUUUUCUGGAGGUAGUCAAGUGGCGGAGCCUGCCUUGGGAGGAUGUAGAAAUGGAUGCAAUUCAUUCCUUACAGCUCAUACUGAGAGGAUCCUUGCAAGAUGAAGUUGCCGAUGAUUCCAAAAUGAUUGUGAAUGUACCAUCUGUUGAUGACAGGAUUCAGAGGGUGGAUGAACUGCGUAUUGUCACUAAUGAAAUGGUCCGCCUGAUUGAGACAGCUGCUGUCCCAAUCUUCGCUGUUGAUUCUUCUGGUAAUAUAAAUGGAUGGAACUCUAAAGCAGUAGAACUAACUGGCCUGACUGUUGAGCAAGCCAUUGGCAUGCCAUUUGCCGAUCUUGUGGAGGAUGAUUCAAUUGAUAUUGUCAAGAACAUGCUGUCAUUGGCCUUAGAAGGUAUAGAAGAACGCAGUGUUGAAAUCAAGCUUAGGACUUUUGGGUGUCAGGAAAAUAAUGGCCCUAUCAUCUUGGUUGUCAAUGCAUGCUGUAGUCGAGACUUAAAGGAAAAUGUUGUUGGAGUUUGCUUUGUUGGGCAAGAUCUCACUGGCCAAAAGAUGGUCAUGAACAAAUAUACCAGUAUCCAAGGUGAUUAUGUUGGAAUUGUGAGGAGCCCAUGUGCACUUAUUCCCCCAAUUUUUAUGAUUGAUGAGCUUGACCGAUGCUCGGAGUGGAAUGAUGCAAUGCAAAAGUUGUCUGGUAUGAAGAGGGAAGAAGCCAUUGACAGGAUGCUUCUUGGAGAGGUUUUUACAGUGGACAAUUUUGGAUGUCGGGUGAAGGAUCAUGACACCUUAACCAAACUCAGGAUAGUAUUCAAUGGGAUAACUGCUGGCGAAAACACAGAUAAAUUAUUGUUUGGGUUCUUUGAUCGGCAGGGUAAAUUUAUUGAAGUAUUACUUUCUGCAAACAGAAGGACUGAUGCUGAGGGAAGGAUCACUGGUACUUUAUGCUUUUUGCACGUAGCUAGCCCUGAGCUUCAAUAUGCUUUGCAGGUGCAGAGGAUGUCUGAACAGGCAGCAGCCAAUAGCCUCAAUAAGUUGGCAUACAUCCGUCAGGAGGUCAGAAAGCCUUUGAAGGGGAUCGUGUUAAUGCAGGAUCUGAUGGGGGCUUCUGAUUUAAGUAGAGAACAGAGGCAGCUCCUGAGGACAAGUGUAAUGUGUCAGGAACAAUUAACCAAGAUUGUUGAUGAUACAGACAUUGAAAGUAUUGAGGAAUGCUACAUGGAAAUGAAUUCUGCAGAAUUUAACCUGGGUGAAGCCUUGGAAGCUGUCCUAAAACAAGUAAUGAUAACAAGCCAAGAGCGCCAAGUUGAGGUCAUCCAAGAUUUACCUGCUGAGGUGUCAUCUAUGCACUUGUAUGGAGACAAUUUGAGGCUUCAGCAAGUCCUUUCAGAUUUUUUUGCAAAUGCACUUCUCUUCACUCCUGCAUUUGAGGAAUCAUCAGUUGCAUUCAGGGUAAUUCCUCGGAAAGAACCAAUUGGAACGAAGAUACACAUUGUUCAUCUUGAAUUUUGGAUCACUCAUCCAGCACCAGGUAUCCCAGAAGAUUUAAUUCAGGAGAUGUUUCACCAUAGCCAUGGUGUCUCGAGGGAAGGUCUAGGCCUAUACAUCAGUCAGAAGCUUGUAAAGAUUAUGAAUGGCACUGUACAGUAUCUUAGAGAGGCAGAAAAAUCAUCCUUCAUUAUUCUUGUAGAAUUUCCAUUGGCCCGCCAUGUUGGCCAGCAUUGAAAACCCAGGCCAUGGAAAUUUGGUUGGCAGAGAAACAAUGCUACUGCAGCUUCCACAUGAAAUACAUAGGUGGCUUGUCAUCUCAACCAAACCAGUGCCUCAGGGCUCGGGGUCAAGUUGCAGUCAUUAUGAGGCUGGAUGAGACGGGAUGCUGCUCAAGCUGUCAAAGAUCAUUCUCCAUUAAAAGUUUGUAAAAGCAGGUGAAAAGUUCACGGCAAAGUCAAGGCUUUGGUAAUGAAAAAACCUGAUAAAUUCUGUUUAAAAUUGUCACAACCUUCCUUCAUAUGGAUACUAUGCAUACCUAUCUUGCAUUACAAUCACUUCAACUGAGAAAAUAUCUAAUUGCUUGGGCAUAUAGCACCAAUGUUGGCGCUUUGGGGCGGUAAGAUUUCGAAUUGGAUACCUCUAGAUGAUCCAUUGACUUGUUAAGAAACUCUUCAUGCUAUGGAGGACAGACAGGUUGAGAUGUCAAUCAGACCUUGGUGGGUUAUCACUUGCCUCAAAUAACUUAGCAAAAAUGCAGCAGAAUUUGAGCAAGUUGUUCUGAAACUAGAGCUAACAUCUAUCUAGAAGGCAUUGGAACUGUGGCUAGUGGCAGAGUUUUCAGUGGUUCAACGUUCCCGAAAACCCAUAGUAAGAGUUGUAAUUUUGCCAGUUGGAGGAUCAGCGAGCAACCAUGUUAUAUCUUGACUCUGUUUCUUCAUUUGCUGUUCUGUUCUCAGGAACUGAUAGUAUUCCUGUGUUUUGCGUUUCCGGUAUUCUGUUUGUAAACGGCUGUAGGGCCUCUUGUGGUCUGUCUGUAAACGACUGUAAAUGUUGUGUCUGUAAACACGUGUAGCAGGGUUA